AUGUGGAAAUUGAGGAAUUUGAAUUUAGUUAUUCUUUGCUUGUUUGGCAUUCUUCAGGUCCGAUGUCCUGUGGAGGGUCUUACAUUACCUCAGAGGAAGCUGACACAGGAUGAUACCAUCAAACCCUUGCUGGAUGGCCGUAUAGUUGGUGGUGAAAAAAUCAACAUUACCGAAGCACCUCACCAGGUAUCUUUACAGACAACGGCACAUUUAUGUGGAGGUUCAAUUAUUUCAAAUCGAUGGAUACUGACUGCGGCUCAUUGCACAUAUGGUAGAAAUGCCGAUGAACUUAGGGUUCGCAUUGGCAGUAGUGAGUCCUCCAAGGGUGGUGAACUAAUCGAUGUUGAGGAGAUUGUACAGCACAAGGAUUUCAAUAUACGCAACGUUGACUAUGAUUUCUCGCUCAUAAAACUGGAUCGUGAAAUUGAGUUCAAUGAUACCAAACAAGCUGUCAAACUACCCGAACAUAUGGAGAAUAUAACCGAUGGUACUGCUUGCUUUGUAACCGGUUGGGGCUACACCCAUAGUAUUACCCAAUCACGUGAAUGGCUGCGUCAAGCUGAAGUUCCCAUCUUUAAUCAGCAGCAAUGCGCCAUGAGAUAUAACAUAUUUGGUGGUAUCACCGAUCGCAUGAUAUGCGCCGGCUAUGCCAAAGGUGGUAAGGAUGCCUGCCAAGGAGAUUCUGGAGGACCUUUGGUCACCGACUCAGGAGUUUUAGUGGGCAUUGUGUCUUGGGGUUUCGGCUGUGCUAGACCCAAUUAUCCUGGUAUUUAUUCAAGAGUGGCAUAUGUACGCGAUUGGAUUCAGGAAAAUAGUGGCGUUUAA